AGCGUGCUACUCGUAACUAACACAUCGGUCAAACUGCACACUAUGAGCAUGUCAAAUAUAACUCUCCUAUAGGCUGUAGUGGAGGGAGGUGUUUUUGCGCAAGUGUGAACACUUUAUCAUCACAUAAUCAAGAGGUUCUUCAAAUUUGAUGUUAGUCCUGUUCCAUGUGUUUUAGCGUCCGGAAGUGUGCGACGCCAGUUCUCACCUUGUUGUGUGCAUCGGUGUGGCGGAUUACAUUUCUUAGCAAGGUCUUCCCAAGAGUCUGCUUCGACAUGAUACCUUCCAUGGAACAAAAGCCUGGCACCAUCCAGGGAGGGGGCAGGAGAGGGUGGCGGCUUUCAGGGCUUUGUGAUUCAAGACCUGUACCAAGAUGAGAGCAUUGGGACCACGCUGGUGGGACUCUUCUCCUCCCUGACUGAGGCGCCGUGCGUGUGGAGGCGGAGAGUCAUCCGUAUUGCUAGCCCCCCUCCCCGUCGUGUGUGUGGGGCAUCACCCGGAUGCGGGGCUCUGACCGCAUGGGAGGAUAAAAGCAUCGCUCACGAGCCAUGGGCGCCAAACAGAUGAAAUGUCUCAGCUCAGCCAGCCCUGCUCACUCCCCCAAAGAGGAGUAUGUUGUUACCCGCUCCAGCGACACCACUCAACAGGAAACUAUCCGCGAUCAGCCAGAGGACCGCAAGGGGGCCGGUGCUGAGCCGACAGACACACCCGAGCCGACAGACAGGAAACGUGUCACAGAGGAGGUGUCUCUCUGUGGCUGGUGCCCCUCGCUUGGCCAUGACGUGACCCAGGAAGAGAAGUCCUGGGAGGAGCAGCUGGACGCCCACCAAGAGCAGCUGGAGAAGGAGAUGCAGGAGGCCAGGAGGAUGGUUUUCCGCCUACAGGCUUUGCUCCUCAAUGGCUCCCUCCCAGAGGAGGACCAAGAUGCAUCCGUGAGCUUCGGUGACAACCGGGCUAACACCGAGCAGCAGCUGGUUCUCAUCCGCAGCCGCCUGGACCAAAGCACGGAGGAAGCCCUUGAUCUCAAGCGGGAACUCCUGAGACACAAACAAGAGGCACGCCAAAUCCAGGCCAUCAAGGAUGCUCUGCAGCAGCGCCUGUCUGUGCAGGAGGAUGCGCUGCUGCAGCUCAAGCAGGAGCUGCUGAGGAGCAACAUGGCCAAAGACCAGCUGGAAGGGGAAAAUGGGGUGCUCAAAGACAAGCUGAGUGAGAGGAACAAAUUGCUAAGUGAAUAUGAGCAGCAACUCGGGAGGAAGGACAGAAUGAUGCAGCAGCAAAAGCUGGAUGAGGCUCUGCACAAAGCACCCCAAGUUAGCCACGGGCGGUCAUUCCGGAGUGAGGGUGGCGGUUACAGUAGCUCUCCUCCAGCAUUCCAGCACAGUGCACCCGGAGAGGAGCUCCAGCUGGUGAGGGAGGCCCUGCGUAGUUUGAGGGACAGCUUCUCAGGCCACGACCCCCAGCAUCAUACUUUGGACACCUUGGAGCAGGGCAUGUCCAGUCUCAUGGACCGCCUGCACACCAUGGACACCCAGCGGCGACAGACCAGAGGGGAGGAAUUUAAAUCCCCAGGACGCAGAGCCAACUCUACCGAUCGAGACUCAUGGCCACCGAGUUCAAAGAUGGCACAUUCCCACAGCAGCCCUGGCCUGGAUGCCUCCGUGUCGACCAAAGUGCUCUACUUCACCGAUCGCUCGCUCACGCCGUUUCUCAUCAGCAUCCCCAAAAGGUUAGGCCAAGUGACACUGCGAGACUUCAAGGCCGCUGUGGACAGACAAGGCAGCUUCAGAUACCACUUCAAAGCCCUCGACCCGGAGUUUGGCACCGUCAAAGAGGAGGUUUUCCAGGAUGGAGCCGUGGUGCCCGGCUGGGAAGGGAAGAUUGUGGCGUGGGUGGAGGAGGAUCAUGGCGAGAGGAGGUAGAGGACAAAAAAUGUAAAAUAACAUCCCCUCACCGCCAUGGUGUCUACUGGAGCAGGACUUGACUAAAACACUUGGGACCAACGGACUGAAAUAAAAGCUUGAAUGUUUCAUGUGAAGGAAUGCUCAGUAGACAGUUGACGCCUCAUCAACACCAAGUCCUUCAUGAUAAAAACAUAAUGGAUGUUCACUGCCUUCUUCCAGGUUCCCCGUUGCCAAAUCCUGAUGUUUGCCAUGGAUUUCCUACAAUGUUUAAAUAAAGGUGAAUUACUGCAUGGAUCA